CUACGACACUACGACUGCGCCAUCCCCCCAUUGCCAAGUAACAUCCGCGUCUUGAAGAGCGACUCAAAGUUAAAAGGUGACUUUGAUCGAUGAAUCGAUGUGGCGAUCGUACGAAUCUCCCUUUGCGUUGUCGUUGAAGCGCCUCUCCGCAUCUCUCCUUCCGCACUCGCCAAACAUUCCCACCCCACCCCUGUUCACCCGUUGCAAGUCGUCCCCAUGAUGAAGUCCCCUGUGCGCGCGGUGCUGUCCGCCACCCUCGCCCUCAUUGCUGCCUUUUUGCUCAACACUAUCCUCGCUGACGCUCGCUCCUCCUACGAGUUUAGACGAGCGGAUGCCGCCACAAAAAAGGCGUGCAACGCCUUGCGAUCGCAAUUGCCCUUUGGAAGAGUGACCAAUCAAGGCUUGGGUCCGGAUUACCUCGUCUCUGUGCAAACGUACUACUCUCAAUUGCAAGCGAAGCGCUUCCCUGCUUGCGUCGCAUACCCUCAGAAUGCCCAGGAAGUUUCGACCGUCGUCAAGGCCAUCAAGGCCAACAACCUUCAGUUCGCAGUCAAGGCCGGCGGUCACCAAUUCAACAAUUGGUCCAGCAGCGACGGUGGCGUGCUCAUCGAUCUGCAACGCUUGACCGCCAAGAGAUUCGACGAUGAGAGCAAGCAAGUGGCCUACUUUGAGCCUGGCAACCGUUGGCGAGACGUCUACGCCUACUUUGUGCCCCAGGGCGUGACCCCAGUCGGUGGUCGAAUUGGAGGUGUAGGCUCCGGUUUAGCGCUCGGUGGAGGUCUCUCCUACUUGUCCGCUGAGCAUGGUCUGGCCUGCGACACCUUUACCGCCCUCGACGUCGUUCUUGCCGACGGUAGCAUCGUCAAGGCGACAGCGGAUAACGAGUACAAGGAUCUUUUCAAAUCCCUCAAGGGCGGUGGAAACAGGUUCGGCAUCGUCACGGGCUACCACACCAAGUUGGUUCCUGUCGGUAAGGUCUACUCUGGCAUCGUCAUCUACACUCAAGAUCAGUGGGAGAAGGUCAUCAAGGCCACAUCCGACUUUGUCUCUACCAACACUGACAAAAAAGCAGCCAUCAUCACCACCGUCGACUCGUUCGGCAUUCUUCCCGAUCCCACCACCAAACUCAACUCCUUCAUCAUCCUCUUCAAUGUCUACAACGGUGCUGACCCAGGAACCACGUUCGAUGCUUUCACCAACAUCCCGCAUGUUCUAGACACGCGCAGCACGGGCGACUACAUCAAAGCAGCCGAGAUGGUUGACAUCGGAACCAUUUCUCAAGGUGGCUUCUAUUCCAACGUCGUGCCGCUGAAAGUGGGCUCGGAUCGAGAGCAGACGUUGGUCAACAAUUUCAAGGUCUGGUCCAAGGAACACAUUGGUCAAUACAUCCUUGCCACCGUCGACUAUCAGCCCAUUGCAAAGAGCAUCACCGAUGCUAGCCGCGCCGCUGGCGGCAACGCUCUUGGUGGCCCUGAAGGUCCAUACAUCUUCGUCAACAUGCUGCUCGCUUUCGAUCCCAAUCUCGCAGCCGACAAGCAGGAAGCUCUUCGAGCGAGCUGGGACAAGCUCACCAACAGCAUCCCUCACGACGAGGACAUUCCCAAAUUCCUAAACGAUGCCGGUUUCCGUCAAAACAUUUUGCAAUCCUACGAGCAAUACCCCUUGAUGCAGGCCACUAGCAGAAAGUACGAUCCCACUGGUCUUUUCGUCAAGAACCAGCCUGGACCAAACUUCUCCACGUAGACUGUUAAAACCAGAAAUGUCGCUUCUUUCCGGAACCUCAACUGCCUCACAUGCUGUGCUCUGUAUCAUUCCACGUACCCUGAACUCACUACGGUAUUGCAUGCAUGUCAUACCCUC